CAAAUAGCUUACAGAUAGACUUGGUGGUAAAAAAUAGUUAUGACGGCCGUAACAUAUUCACUGUUUGUUUUAAUGCAGUUAUCAUUAAUUUAUGGAUCACCGGUGAUAAUACCAUAUAAGUGUUUAUUAUGGGAUUCUUCAUGCCUAACUGCGAGUGCGCAAGCGGCCGUGCGAUCUUUCACCUCUGGAAUACCUGAACUGGGUAUCGAACGUCUUGACACUAUGUUUAUCGACGGCCUGCACAUAGAUCAGGAUGGAUAUAAAGCUGACUGGAACAAUAUUUAUUUACAGGGCAUGAGGAACACAAUUGUUGAUAAACUCAGCAUUGACAUGAACUCCAAAGUGCUACGCCUGUUGUUCCAUACAAACUUGUCGUUGAAAGCCCAUUAUGUAAAACAGGGGUAUUUGCUUUCCUUACCAGUGUCAGGUGACGGAGAAGUGGCUAUGCAGAUGCAGAAUGUCCACAUGGAAUUUGUAAUUCCCUUCGAAAUCAUAAAAAAUGUUAAAGGCAGAGAUAUUAUGGAUCUAAAAGGUUAUCAAUAUUGGUAUGAUAUAAAGGAUGGUGUUGAUGUGCAUUUCGGGAAUCUUUAUUAUGGAAAUAAUGAAUUAAGCCGGAAAAUGCACACAUUGAUACAACAAAACUGGAAGCUCCUAACAGUAAAAUAUGGCCGUUACUUGUUCGACAAGAGUAAUGACAAAAUUUUCAACGCUAUCCGAAAUUAUAUGCACUCUCGACCUUUGGAUACUGUUACCCUAUACUAAUUUUAUAAAAA